AUGAUCGAGUCCGAAAACUUACGUACGGCGUCGCUGUACAUCAACAAUCAGCUGCUAUCCCGCGGCCUACUGCGAGAUGGUCAUGGCAUCGACUUUGCCCAACCGGGCGAGUCUGACGCCGAGGUGGCCGAGACCAUGAGCCGGAUCAUGGCCGUAGUCAAUGACCUGAUUCUCCGGCGAGACCGCGACGCCGAGCAUCGCGAGUCUCUCUCCACAACCCUCCGUACGCUCCGCGCCGAGUCGCUCCGCCAGGCAAACGAUAUCCAGCGUCUGCAAGAGAAGUACGCCGACGCUCAGCGCAAAGUCGGCAUCAGCGAGGCUGCGGAGGCGGCGCUGCGUACCAACCUGAAAUCGUCCGAGGCGACCGUACACCGCCUCAAAGAAGAGGCCUCGCGGACCAAGACACUGGUAGCGCAAACGCGGGCAUCCUGUGCGAACGAGGUCCGCAAGCGAGAUCGUCAGAUUGAAGGCCUCAAGAAGGCGGUGACGGAGGCCGGCCGCGCGAGGGGAGCCGGCAAGAGCGCCGGCGUAACAUCAAUCACCGUCGUGGGCGAGAUUGGCUCCGAGGCCGAGGCGGAUGCUUCGUCUGGCCACGCUGGGCGUGCGGAGUCCGGUUGUGACCUGCGGACGGAGACGAAUGCCUUUUUAGCCGAGCUGGCCAAGGGCCUCAGCGAGGAGAACGAAGGGUUGCUACAACUCGUCCGGAGGACAACCGAGCAGCUUAAGGAUAUGAGCGGCUGGGACGCGGAAGCCAACGGCCAUUUCUCAUCGACCGAGACCGGCGACGGCCACGCGUUGGUCCUCGCUGCGCACCCGGCCGACAUGUCCCUCGAGGUUGAGGCGGUCCUCGACCACCUGCGCACGAUCCUUACCAACCCGUCGUUUGUGCCGAUCGAGGAGGUCGUCGUACGCGAGGAUGAAAUCCACCGGCUGCGCGAUGGCUGGGAGAAGAUGGAGACGCGCUGGAAAGAAGCUGUCCACCUGAUCGACGGCUGGCGGAAGCGUAUGCAGGCGAGCGGCCGGCCGGUGAACGUUGAGGAGCUCAAGAUGGGGCUACGGCUGAGCCCGGUGAAGGUGAAGAACGUGGAGGAAACGACGCAUGGAUAUGCUCUUCGGCUAGCUGCCGUGCUGGAGGACGACAACGUCGACUUGUCGCAGGUACCAUUCGACGAGGGCCCAUUGGAACUGGUCCCCCAUCCGGACGACGUGGAGGAUGUCGACAGCGAUGUGUCCAGCUUGUUCGAACACGAGGUUGAUGUCGAUGAGCUGGACGUCGAGGAACCCAACGUUGAGAUUCUGCAACAGUCUGUGAUGCUCUCUUCGCCCACGCCUGCGCCCCCUCAGGUCGCCCCCCUACAGGAUUCCUUUACCGCGAUGAACAGACGCGAGCGGCCACACAACCGGAGGCCACCAAAGGGAUUCCCCACCAUUGAUGAGGAGAGAACUCGGGAUAUGGACUCUGAGGAGCCCCCAUUACCGCCCCCUCAUGCGGAAAACCUUCCACCGUCACCGAGUAAGCGGCCGAUCCUGUCACUUCGUACGGUACCUCCAGAGGAGGCCGCGAACGUCGAACUUCCGCCGUCUGCCCAUGUGUCAACGCCCGAUGCGUCGGUCGGCAACAAUCUUGCUAGCAAGCCGGUUGAGGAGCGGACGUCCAAGACUUCGGCCACGGCUGCGGCUGCGAGACCCACGAGGCGGACGGCCGCCGCUGCGGUUACCCGAACUAGAGAGACUACCAAGACAGUGGAACCCGCUAAGGCAGAGGGUGCUAAGCGGGAUGCUGUGCGGAAGGGUGUCGCGAGGCGGGAGAUGGCGAAGAAGAAGGAGGCCGAGGAAGCCAAGCCCGUAUCAAAGACGGCCCCCGUUAAGGGCCGACCCCCUCGGCCGCCCGUUACGAGGGGACGCGCCGAUACCCGGCCUGAUGAAAAGGCCGUCCCGGCGAACCGAGCACCGCGAGCCAACUCUGCGGCGUCGGCGACUUCCGCUCGAUCUGUUGCUACCAACAAGAGCACAAUUGCCAGCAAGGCCUCGAAUACCGACCAUCCUCUUCCCCCACCACCACAGCCCGAAACGGCCGCACCGUCUCCGAGUGCUUCGCCAAGCCGUUCACCAAAGCGUGUCAACUCACGCCUUCCCCUGCCCCGUCCAGGCAGCAGCAACAGCAACAACAGCAAUGGUGGCAGCAGCAGCAAUAACAUCAACAAUCUUCUGCCCGCCCCGCAGCAAUCCCCCCUUUCGAUGGCCACGAUUACUGCCAAACUGGCCGCCUCCGAACGCGAUGCCGAUGCCACCCGUGUACGGGCCAAGCUCAAGGCGGCACGGCUUGGCAAGGCGAUCAAUCUUCCCCCACCAGGCUCUAAGGCCGGUUCGAUUAACAGUGUUGCGCCAACCGAGGCGGAUGCCGAGGUUGAGCGUAACACGGGUCCUGGUGCGAGAAGCACACGUUCGGAAAGUGACAGCAUGGCCGGGACGGCGUCCACUUCCGCGUCCACCUCGGAUGGCAGGGCGCCGCCCAGUUCGACUACGACGAGGGAGGAUAUUGGGUUGGACGAUGGCGAAGACGAAGUAGCAGCAGAAAGGGACGGCGAGGAUGCGGACGAACUGGGAUUUUCUCCUCCGCUGAAGCCGGCUACUCAGAAGCAGAAACAGAAACAGGAGGCCCCCACAAAGCCAGCAACUCAAAAACAACCACCAUCACCGCAAAAGACGAGGACUCAAAAGCCCUUACCUAGGGACAAGGAGAAGGAUCAACCCCAACUAUCGUCGCGCCAGGAACAGCUCCAACAGCGUCGCGAACAGCGUGAACAGCAAGCGGAUGAGCAGUCGCAGCAGAAGCCGCCUGUACGAAAGAGGGAAAAGCGCACGAGCAUGGUGGCCUCGCGCCGGCGGAGUACGCUACAGCCGUGGGAGCUAGAUGCGUUGAUCCAGGGUGGCAAAGAGGGCAUUGUUGCGGAGAGGUGA